ACGUAGUUGCAAUGAGUCCGCAUCAGCUGGUGACCGUUCUCCUUCUGGCUUCUCUGAUUAACUUGGUUCUUGGCCAGUUGCCCCGGAAUGGCUGCUCUGGGCGAUUUCAAUACCAGGGCUACCAGGGGCAGUACAUCGGUUUGGUGGAAGUUCGUCAUCCGGAGGCCAAUAACCAGACACUCAUCCUUCAAUUCUCCCAGCAGGGAUAUCACGAUUUCGAAGACUAUGUGGGCAGUAUCUCUCUGGUGGAUGAUGAUGAAGUGACCCAGGAAAAUCUGCGUCAGGGCUUGCCGAUUAGAUACCGUGUGGAUUUUCCUAUUCCAACAAUACCGCCCAAGAUCACUAGCAUGCAAUUGAAUGGCGUACAACUUUGUAGUGGCGGUGUAUAUCCUAAGCCAAGAACCGGCAUUACGCUGCGAAUCACUUGGACGCCCUCCUACAUAUCGGUUUUCGGCGUUAAUCCCCAACCUGUGCCAACCAGACCUCGACCCGCUUGGCAAGAUGAAAGUCCACAGAUAGACUACAGGGAAACCAGACCCAGUCAACCCAGACUAGAGGAUAGCGGAGAGUUGUUUGGAAGGAGUAAUGAGUCACUGCCAGCCUUCCAAAAUCCCGGAUGGGGUACCGCCCCUCAGCAGGCAAAUCCGAAUAGAGGUAUUACCUCUCAGCCGGAGAUACCAAGUCCCGUCCCACAACGACCGACACCAAAUCCUAGUCGAUCUAAUGCUCCUCAGCAGGCGGUGAGAAGCCCUGUAGAUCUUGUUCCCCAGCAGAACCCUUCAUCCAAUGGUAUUCCCUGCGGUCGGGAGAGAGCUAGUACCACUCCAUUGAUCUUCCAAGGGAAAAGUCUUCAGCGAGGCCAGCUCCCAUGGUUGGUUGCUAUUUUCGAACGACGGGAGAGCAACGGACCCGCUUUCAUCUGUGGAGGAACCCUCAUCUCCACAUCCACGGUACUAUCGGCCGCCCACUGUUUUCGUGCUCCUGGAAGGGAUUUGCCCGCCUCUCGGCUGGCCGUCUCCUUGGGUCGAAAUACUUUGGCCAUUCACUCCGAUGGAGAAUUUCGCGGCGUAUCCCAGCUGAUUAUCCACGAAAACUUCCAAUUCAAACAGUUUACGGAGGCCGAUUUGGCGCUGGUCCGAUUGGACGAACCUGUGAGGUACACGGACUACAUAGUACCUAUUUGCCUUUGGAGCACCAGCAACCGCAUGGAUUUGCCCCAGGGGCUCAAGAGCUAUGUUGCCGGCUGGGGACCUGAUGAGACCGGCACCGGCAACACUGAAGUAUCCAAGGUUACUGACCUUAAUAUAGUCAGCGAAGCGAACUGCGCCCUGGAGCUGCCACAUGUUCUGGUCCAGCCGAGCUCCCUGUGUGCCAAGAAAACGGGAGCGGGUCCUUGUGCCAGCGAUGGUGGUGGACCAUUGAUGCUGCGGGAACAGGACGUUUGGGUGCUGCGGGGAGUGAUCUCCGGAGGUGUGAUCAACGAAAAGGAAAACACCUGUGAGCUAUCCAAGCCAUCCGUAUUCACUGAUGUGGCCAAGCACAUUGAAUGGGUUCGCCAAAAAAUGUGGAAUUGAACACAAAAUGAAGAUUGCGAACAUGAAAAGCAUGCCCCCUUCUUGAAGAGAUUCCCAUUGAUGAAUGUAAAAUCACGUAAUCGGAAGAUCCAUGUAUUACUGCCUACUAUUGCGUUAUGGGUAAUUCUAAGUGGAUCCAUUAAUCAUUGAAAUAAUAAAGCAAAACGGCGCAUCUUGAAUACACUGC